GGGGUAGGUGGAGAAGCCCUUGGGGCGAUCGGGCAGGCAGCCGCCACUCACACCUGCUGACGGCGCCGAGCAAGGGAACCGGCUCCAGGCAUUGGCAAUGGGUGUGAGUGGCAGCUCUGGUGCAGCCGCGGGUGCAAACAGGGCCGGCACCAGCAGCAGGUGCGAGAGCCAGGCGGGACCGCAGUGUGUGGGAGCAAAAAAUUUUCAGUAACCACCAGAGGCUCCUCCCAAUGACAGCAACUGGUGCCCCACCUUGGUCUGGCACCCCUGCUCACCUUUUCCACUAUCCCACCACGGUCGACGCCCACCAUGUUCUGCACACGCCCCCUGGUGGUCAGUGCACAUCAUAGCAACUGGUUGUUCAGUUGUUCCACUAUUUGGUCUAUUUGCAUAUUAGCGUUUUAUAUAUAUAGAUAAGCUUAUGCCCCGAUCAAAACAAUUGAGAAGAAAGGUGGGUUUGAAUGAGUCUCCUGUGUGUGACCCCAUGCACUUGGUGUUCUAGGUCUAGGAGCAGUGGGGGGCAGGGAGGGGAACCAGAGGGAAAUAGUUUUCAGCAUGGCAUUUGUUAGAAUGCCUCUCUUGGAUUGGUCCAGAGCCAGUGGUGUGGGCGACUUCUUUGAGAAGCACAGCAAUUCAAAUUUUAUAGUAAGGAAUCUGGAGCUCAGAUGUGCCACUCCUCUUUCUAGGAGGCUCCAGUCUAGAGGUUUACUCCCAAGUAUGACUUUAGAUGGCUUUUAUCCACAGGCGUGGCAGCUAGAGAGAUGGCCCAAGCUCUGAAGACACUGGCCCAGGCUGCCCACGGAGUGGCUGCAUCAACGAGUGACCCCGCAGCUGCGCACGCCAUGUUAGAUUCUGCUCAAGAUGUGAUGGAGGGCUCGGCCAUGCUCAUCCAAGAAGCCAAGCAGGCCCUGAUUGCUCCUGGAGAUGCAGAGAGUCAGCAGAGGCCGGCCCAGGUUACCGUCAUCCUGCGAGUGCCUCCUGCUUUCUAAGCACAGGAUGUUCCAGGCGCACCUGGUGCUUUGCCUGCCCCGCGUUGGAAUCAGCCACUGCCCAGGAGCCCUGGCCCCUUUGAAGGAGACGGGUAUCCAGAAGCCAAGAUCCGGUGUCAGGCGCUGGCCCUGUUUUGAUGGUAGAAAAAACAGAAUUUACAGAAGGAUUGAAUGAAGGUAUAAGAGGAGAAGGGUCCCUAUUCCCUUUAGCUUUUUACUUUUUUAUUAUUUUUUUUAAUAUAUAGAUUUUUUAUUGAUUUCUUACAGAGAGGAAGGGAGAGGGAUAGAGAGUUAGAAACAUCAAUGAGAGAGAAACAUCGAUCAGCUGCCUC